GCCCCUUUCAGUACGAAGCCGACGACCGGGCCAGCUGCACCCGUUGCACCUGUCGUCCCGUUUUCUCUAUAUCCUUUCUUCUUCUUCUACUUCUACCUACUACUACUACUACUACUACUACUACUCUACUACUACUAUUCUACUACUACUACACUCUGCUACUUCUAGUUUACUACCACUACUUCUUCUUUUUUUUCGUCUUCUUUUGAUUUCUUCUUUCUUGUUCUUUUUUUUUUCCUUCUUUUCGAUCCUUCUUUUUUUCUUCUACUUCUUCUUCUUCUUCUUCUUCUACUUCUUCUUCUACUUCUUCUUCUUCUUCUUCUUCUUCUGGUUCGACGUUUCGCGAUCGACGACUCGUUGUGGUAACGCGACACGCGUCUACUAAGGGAUCUACGUUAUCAUUUUUUUUUUUUUAUUAUAAUCAUUUGCUGAAGGAAGAGAGAACGAGAAAGAUAGAAGAACGGACAAACGGAAACAGAGAGAAAGAAAGAGAGAGAGAGAGAGAGAGGAGAGAGAAGAUAAGAAAACAUUUCUUCUCGUCUGUGAAAGGAAUAAAAAAGACAACAUAAAACAAAAAAGAGAGAAAGAGAGAAAAGAAAAAAGAAACAGAGAAAGAGAGAUCCUUUAUCUCUUUCUUCCUUUUUACACACACACGCGUAUACACACACACACACACACACACACACACACGUAUAUACAUCUUUCUCUCUCUUCGAAUUUUUAAGUUUCAAAAGGAACAAAGUUACACGAUAUUCGAUUGGACCAAAACUGGAUGUCUUAUCCACCUGUGCGAGUCUCAACUCUCAUCGAAUAAAAGUUGUUAGGAUCGGUCGAAAAAGCUGUGGGGACCUCUCUCUCCUCUCACAGUCGGCGCAUCUUUGGGAUUCGACGGACCUUGGAUAGAGCGGCAGCCGUGUGUGCCUACGAAGAAGCACCAGCAGCAAAAGCAACAGCUACAUCUGCACCAGUAAUAGUAGUAGUAGUGAUGCCACCUCCGGAUCGUCGGUGUCGUUAGCAGCGGGCCUUAAAAAAUGGCCUCGAUCCUGGGAGACGGAACGGGCCCUGGGGGCUCGGGUCCCUCGCGAUGCCUCCUUCUUCUACAGAGGUCUCUGGCAAUACAGCUGACCAGAGGUCCGCCUCCUCAAGUCCUCAAUGCCGGCCAACGAGAAAGUCCGAAGGAGCAUCCAGCCGACGAGAUGUGGAUGUACGAUAAAGGUUAUAAUUUGUUUCAGAGUUUCUUGGAAGCAAAUUCAAAGUGUUGGUGGAACGCAGCACUCGUCGAUGCAACGAGACAGCUCAGGUAUAAAGGUCACGUGUCACCCGGUGUAUUAAUGGUCGGUGGACCACCUUGCGCCCUCGAAGUAUUAAGGGCAGCCUGGGCUCGAAAUGUACUCAGACCUCCGGCUGAUCAUGCCAUCACUUGCCUUGGUGACAUAGAGGAUUGCUUAGUAGCGCCUGUCUCUCAAGGACAAUUCACACCACUUCCUGAAGCCCUUUGUUGGGCGAUACUAGAACUGACGUCACAGAGGCAAGCAGCGACAUUGGAUACCCUUAGGUCAGCACUCAGGAACGCAUUUCCGGCAAUGCAAAGACCUAGCCGAGAACUCGUAUACGAUGCUCUAGCUAAGUUGAUGCAAGAACGAAAGAUCUACCAUACGUCUCAGGGAUAUUUCGUUGUAACACCGGAAACGAGAAGACUCAGGCGCGAUUCCGGCAGUUCUAGACGAUGUUCAAGAGAGGUCAAUGGCACUAGAGGCCAGGGUGGUAUGCUUAUGAGUAACGACGAAGCUAUGGCUCUGGUUCAUGGAGAAAUGUUGACCCUAAGAGACGGUGACGUUACGCAUCAGGCGGUACAGACCAAUCUGGCGGACGUUAUCUGUGGAGGUAACCCAAAUGACAAGGUCCUGUUUGCCAGGUGUCGAUCGAUGCCAGGUCGUCUUGAGAGGAGACACUCGCUUAGAUUGUGGGGAUCGGCCAGACGUUUGCACCGUAGCGGAAGUUCACGGUCUUUGCCAAGGAGGCCGGAAAGAAGUGACACUUCGUCUAGCGCCGAAUACGCGAGCACCGAUAGCGCACCUCAUAGUCCAACCAGCUUUUCGGGAAUGUUCACAGAGAAAAUAGGCUUGCUCUCAAGGCUAUUCCGACGUAGUACGAGGAGAAAGGGCGCACCUUUGAUGGGUACGUUCAGCGCUCAAUAUCCUCCAACCGAGUGGUUCAAUCCACGUGUCGUUCAUCUACAUAGUGUAGCUACGCAAACGAGAGCUGCUAGUCCUUCGAUGAUGGAAGGUUUGGAUCAGUCGCAGACCAGUUUCCAAGUCUGGGACGAUUCGAGCUCGGUAAGAUCAGCAACAUUACCAAGGCGGCACCGACGUCAAGCCAGCGGCGAUUCGUCGAGUUUAUUGGCAAAUUCUACACCAAGAAGCUCGAGAAGGCAUCGAUCGCCAUGUUCGACUAUGCCAAGAUCGAAAUGUUCUAGCUUGAGUAGAUGUACCUCAAGGGCAUCGGUCCUUCCGCCUAACGCCAAUCAAGAACCCUACCAGACACGUAAUCAAGUUCAAAAUGGAAAAAAUUCUGCCAACUCUUCGCCAAGUAGAAGCGGCGGAAGUUCUGGCUCCGUUAGGACUACCAACGUUAGUCCUGCGAAAACCGCUACGCUUACCAGGUCCAAUACGAGGCAAUCGAGUUCUCGUAGGCCGAGUCACGAUUCGACUGCUAGCGGCACAAAAUCGAGCAACGGUUCGCCCCAGCACAAGGUACUGCAAAAGACGUCUUCCGGUCAUUCGUCUCACUCGAGUGGGAAAUCGAUUUCUAGCGGUAAACUUUCGUCUUCCCCGCUGAAGACGAACACGCUGCCGGCGAAAUCGUCACCGUUGAAGGUCGUACAGCAGGGAUCGUUAACGCCUCUCCAAGAGGCACAGAACUCGAUAACGCUUCAAGUGUCGACGAAUCUCAGUCCGGUUAAUUCGUCACAGGAACAACGUGCUAUACAGAAUAGCGUGACACUGGCAUCGAAUGCUACGAGUACUACGACUAUUUCUGGAUCCCCAGGAACUAAGAUCUACGUACAUCAAAAUAAUUCACCGAUGAGAUCCGUAAUUACUUUUGAAAAUGGCACGGUUAAAACCAAGGUUACGGAGAAGGACGUCACAGAGUGUAAGGAGAAACAAGAACGCGAACUAGUUGGCGAGAAGGCUUACAAGUCUCGAAUGGACGAGGAGAAACUUUUUAAAGGUAAACUCGACGAUGAGAAACUUAAUAAAUCGAGUAAAAUCGAGCGACCGUCCUCUUUGUAUUCCGGAAAGGAGACCAAGCCUGGACUUCUCUCGGAGUCCGAUAAAGAGAACAAGCCUAAGGUCGAAGAGGAAACUCCUAGUAAAUUAAAGUUAACCAAUCGUUUGAACAACAGUCAAGCACAUCUGAUAGAUGGAUCGAGCGGUAACAUCGAUAAAAAUUCUUUGUCUCACGAACACACUACAGGGAGCUUAUCCAGUACGAAAAACACGAACGACGCGAUGAAUAAUUCACGAAAACUUAGUCUCUCCUUGUCGAAGGAUGCACUCAGCUAUCGGAAUUUACUCCGUCCGGGAUCGAAAAAUAAUAUCUCGUCUAAUCCUCCAUCGCCAACGAAAUCCUUCGAUGGCUUCGGGGGAUCCUUCAACAACGUCUACAUCGAAAAUCUCGAAUCGGCUAAACAACAAAGAGCACCUCAAGGCUCCGAGCCUAAUUUAGAAAAGACUGUUAGCCGUGGCGAUCUUUAUUCUUAUCCGAGUUUGAGCGACAUGCAAGUUCAAUUUACCAGUUUGGCAGCGCAGAAGAUACUUAAGGGUUGUCCGAUCAAUAGCGUCGAUACUUUGGUCGAAGUUAAUAUGGCCGCUGCCGAAAAGCCAAACAAUUGCGACGUCACCGUUCACACGGAUUUUGGUCUCGUUUGAAGAAAGAUCCAAAAUGAUUUCGGGGAUAAAACGAUUAUCCUUCGAAUGGAAAUAUCAUCCUCGAACGAACGUUAGGCUGUGUACGAGAUCUAACGAAACUCAUCGUCAUUCGUCGUCAUCGUCAUCGUCAUCGUCAUCGUCGUCGUCGUAGUCGUCGUCGUCGUCGUCGUCGUCGUCAUUUUAUUGACGUAUUUCGAUUAAUUUCAUCGCUAGCACAGCAUAACGUUUUAACAUGAACGUGUAUGUAAAUGAAAACGAUCCAGUUCCAAGUGAAACUAUCCUUUUAGAUCGGUUCUAAUGUCCUGUAAUAUAUCUAAUAGAUAAUAACCGCGUUCGAUACACACACAAAUCACGUGAAAUGUCACUGCCGUUGUCCGAAAAAAAAGAAAAAGAAAAAAAAAAGAAGAAAUGGGGGAAAAAAAUAGAAAUAAAUAUAUGACGGUAGUAGGUGAUACUGCGACAUACAUACGUAUAUAACGUGCCUACGUUUUGUUCCGAGAGAAAACAGUUGAAAAAAAAGAAAUGGAAAAAAAAAAGAAAAGGAAAAAAAGGGAGAAGAAAAAAAAAUUGUAUUCUAAAAAUGUUAUUCUAAAAAGUGUCGUUAAUUAAUUCCGAUGUAUAAUCGUGCGUUAAACACCGAUAUAUCUGCACAAGUAUAUAAAUAUCAAGAGUUCUGUUUCCCAAUGAGAAAAAAACAAUGUUAUAGAGAAUAGUAUGCCACAAUAAUCGCAGUUUUGCGUCGCUUUACUAAGCUUUAAAGCGAUUUGUCAAAGCAAUCGUUCGUAUUUAAUAUCUUUACACUUCUAUGCUACACGCAUAUCAUACAAUAUCAUACACAUACACACGCAAUUACGUACAAGCGCGCACACAGGGAGACGAAUCAUUUUCCAUCGAUAAUAUUACGUAUACUCCGUCGAUAAAUCCCGUGAUGGUAAUAAUCUGUAUUAACGGGUAAAUCGAAAAGCAGAUCGGAUGGUAAAGUAGAAAUGAAGGAAUGAUAAUACAUAAUGUCGAUAAAAAUGUUUUCUCUCGGUAUAAACGGUAUCGCUCCGUAAUUAGUGCAAUCGUAAAUCUAAGUGCCAAAAUCCAUGUAGUACUUACAAGAAACAGAAAAGAAAACAAGAGAAAGGAAAAGAAAUGAAAAAAGCUAGAUCGAUCGCCUUACAGAGUGUAAAUUACGAUUACCAUUAAUCGUAAUAAUAAACGUUCAAUUCUUCGUUCGAAUCGCGAGAAUUUCCAAACGAGAACCAUGCGUGAUUACCGACAAUUCGCGAUGAAUAAUUAAUGAUUAACCUUAGAAUAAAAUAAACCAUAGAGAGAGUCCCAUCAGUCAGUAGAUAAUCUCGUGUGUGUAAAAAAAAAAAAAAAACGGAACAUUCGCUUUGUAUAUUUCUUAUUAGUUUAAAAAAAAUCAGCGAUUAUAACCGAUGAUAACGUACAGAGCCUUUCGUUUAUUCUAUUUGAUUUUUUUUUUUUUUUUUUUUUUUUUUUUUUUUUAAUAAUAAUUUUUUUUUCCUAAUCUUAUUUUAUUUUUACUAUUGAACAAAACGAAUCGAGAGGUCUUCAAGAGAAACCUCUUUCGUUUUUUCAUUUCUUAUCAAAACUAACUUGUAGAAUAUUAUAGCAUAAUAUCAAUAUCUUAUAACACACAACGAAAAGCAUAUGAAAAUAAAACGAAGAAACACAAAAUUAUAUCCUAUCUCGAAUUAUCCAACAAAAAAGAAUAAUAAUAAAAAAAAAAAAAAAAAACGCAAAGAGAAAAAAAUGGAAAAAAUACCCGCUACGUCGUAAAUAAUCUGCUCUUAUUAAAAAAGAAAAAAAAAAAGAAAAAAAAAUAAUAAUAAUAAUAAUUCUCUUCGAGCAUAAAUUUCUCAUCCGUAAAAAUAAAAAAUGAAAAUAAAAUAGGAAGGGAUUGCUAUAAUAAUUAUUAAUUUAAAAAAAAAAAAAAAAAAACGUACGAAAAGAUAUUACGAGUCGGUUUUGUUCGUAUAUAUGUAAUUAAGAAAUGGCGAACUUAACGUUUCUCGAAGUUUUCGUCCGUUAACGCGCACAUACAAGCGAAUUCACAUACAAGCGAACUCACAUAUACUUAUAAAAGAUCACAAAGCAAAAUACGUGAUUUUAUUACUCGAGCGAAAUAAUACGUAAUAAUAAUUAUAUGACAUACGAAUGCAAAUAAAUAAUAAUCUUCGAUAA